UCUUCUCUCUUCUGGUCUCGUCUCUCAGAUUUUGCGGCAGACAAAUUUAUGAGCGUUAAGUGAAGGCCAAUAAAAUUCUUUUUGUCUGGAGUGGAUUUUUGUGCCCGGCACUGCUACAUCUUCUGGCCAGUUUUAUUUCCAUUUGCAACUGCCCAGCAAGGCCUCACUUAAGUCAUCUCUUCCGCGGGCACAUUUAUUUCACUGAUUCCUUUUCGGUUUCGUCUGGCUUUUUACUUGGUCAGGUUGAAUAAUAUGUAAAUUCAAAAAUGUUUUGGGAACGUGUCUGUAUCUAUGAUACCCUUUAGAAACCCAUUUUCCCGGAUGAAGUGGAGACUUCGAACGCCGCGGUGUUUCCUUCUCCAGUUAUCUACAGCUCAUGUGAGCUUUACAAAUCUGAAGUGUGAAGUGAUCGACAGUAAGUUUGGAAUAUUUGAAAUGUGUCGCAUCAAGGCGGUAAAUCGAACACAUAAAUAUAUAGAUAUGGAUUUGAAGUUGAAUAUGCUUCCUAUUAAUAAUAUAAUGCUUAAAAUAGAAACAAGGCGGUAUGACAAUGGAUACCGCCCGUUUUUUAUGUCGAUGACUUUUGAUUUUUGUAAGUAUAUGAGGCAUCCAAACCAGCGAUCGAUGAUUUUUUUAAAAGAACUUCAUUCAACAUUCAUUAAUUCGUCAAACUUAAAUCAUACCUGCCCUUACAAUAAUGAUAUUUUGGUUAACAAGUUUUGGACUGGUAACCUGGAAAUGGCGUUUUUGCGAUAUCUUCCUGUACCCAACGGAGAUUAUGCCAUUUUUUCCACAUGGUAUUCUUCGAAUGUUCCUCGUGUGUUGGUCAAACUCUACUUUCAGAUAAAAAAUUGAUAUAAGAGUUGGCAUUUAGUUGAACAUUAAACACAGCAUCACAAACAUUUCAAUAAGAUGUACAACCACAAAAUAAACAUUGGGCAAACAUUUCUUGUUUGUUUCAGAUAAGACAUCAAUACAUUUUGGAUUAAUUAUCUCUUCUAUUGCUAAUGCGUCUGGUCAUUAUAUUUAAAACAACAUUUAUUUCAACCAUUUAGUAAAGCAUAACAUGCACAUAGGUUACAAGUGAACUGUGACGGAGUGAAUGGAAAAAUUACAUA